AUGCCCGAUAUUACGAGGCCUACUAUGAGCGUGUCCCGUCAUCGUCGGCAGACGUCUUCCACAAGCAAAAGUGAUGAUGUGGAGGGCACAAACUCAUUCGGCGCGUCGGGUUACCGCUCCACAACCCUGGAGCCUAAUAAUAUCAUCGUCGAGGAUGAGCAGAUGGAUGAUGACAGAUGGUGUCGACUUGCCUUUGCCUUGGGCAUGCCUUUUGGAGAUGUCAGACGCCCCAGCCCGGAGGCUACCAGAUUCGCGCACCAAGUCCGAGUGCGAGAAUCUGUCAGUGGCAGGGAGAUGAAGGAACUUCUAGCUCCGUUGAUAUUCUCGGUGGUGCAGAGACACAAGCUCGUGAACUGUAGCGCCAACAAUGCUUUCCACCAAGACAGCGUCCCUGACGGAGUAACCGACUUCACAAUCGAGGGCGGAUGGAAAACGCAGCUUCCGACGCCCAGACCUGCCUUUGCCUUGGGAUAUUCCUCUCGAGCCUUCACCUCUCACCAGCUCGAAUUACAACACGGGAUCAUCUCCAACAGCAAAAACGAGCCGUGCGACCUUCACAAGCUCUCCCAACCCGUCCCAGACGUUUACUGGCCCUUUGUGGUGGUUGAAAUCCAAGGGGAUUCCAUGCUGGCGGCGCGCAAUGCUUGUGCUGGCUCGGCGGCCACAUGCAACAAUGCACUCAUGACGUUCGCAGGCGCCGCGCAGCAGCCGUUGAAGCAUUACCGGGACGUCGAUUUUCUGUGGGGGUUGAGCAAGGCGGCACAAUCGUUCUCAUUAGCCAUUAAUGGCAAAACUGCAUGUCUCAACACACAUAACUCGGAAGGCUGUCUUCCUCACGCCGUGGCAGUCAUUAGGACGUAUCGACUUGACGACGACAGGGAUGUGGAGGCCAUGGCGGCUCGGAUCCGAAGCAUACUGAUCUGGGCGGAGAAUUGCAGGCUGCGAUCCAUAACAGACUUGUUGCACGACUUCGAUCUGAGAGUGCAGCUGGCAAAGGGUCCCGUAAAGAUGAUGGAGGAUUCGUACACACCGUUGCAGCUCACGAUCCCCGGCCGGCCAGCCAAGAAGAGACGGGGUGUGAUCAAGAGUGUUUUGGCCGAAAGUCUACCACGGUGGGCGCGCGAAUUCUGA